AUGACGAACAAACAUAGCAGCCCAAUAAAUAAUCUUUCAGCCCGUAUUGCCAAAGAGCAGCGAUUGUUCAAACAAUUAACAAAUAAGGAUGCAUUAUCAGAUGCAUUAAUGUUAGUUUACCGUAAUGCAAUGAAGCGGCAGAACGACGAUGACGAUUUAAAUGCUGAAGCUCUUAAUAAGUUCAUUCAACUAUAUAAACCUGUAUAUCAUGAUCUUAACAAAUCAAAACUGUCCUUAAAGGACUUUGAAGUAAUACACAAAGACAUAUUUGCCAAAGGUGCUUUUGGAAAGGUCACGCUUGUUAGAAGUAAACAUGACAAAGACAAUGAUAACAUUUAUGCAAUGAAAACAUCUAGCAAAUCAAAGCUACGAAAACAAUUGGAUCGAUCAUCGCCCUUAGAAGAAAGGUUGGUUUUGGCAUCGAACAAUGACGAUAAAAAUAAUGAAGCAUGGUUACCUCACUUGUAUGCUGCUUUCCAAGAUGAAAAGAACCUAUAUCUCGUCAUGGAAUAUGCACCAGGGGGAGACCUUCAAGGACUUAUGGAACGAAGAUCUUAUCAACCAUUCACGGAAGCAGAAGCCAAAUUCUACUGCGCAGAACUUAUUUUGGCCAUUGAUCAGGUACAUCAGUUGGGCUACAUGCAUCGCGACAUAAAACCUGGAAAUAUUUUGAUCGAUAGUAAAGGUCACAUCAAACUAGGCGACCUUGGUUCAUGUAUCUUUUCGGACACAAGGGAUUACUUGUUGAUGGUAGGAACGAUGCCGUACGUCUCGCCAGAAAUGUGUGAUUCUGAAGGAUUGAAUGCUUCAAUAGGACCUGCUUAUGGUCCCGAAGUAGACUGGUGGUCUAUGGGUGUUGUUUUGUAUGAAAUGCUACUGGGAGAACGUCCAUUUAAAGGGAGCGAUGUCAAAAUACAAAUGGACCUUGUUAAUCCAAAGGUAGAACUUUUACUGAGUAUAACUUGCUGA